CAAAAUGAGAAGAAUUAUUUUUUAUUUAUUUUAUUUUUAAAUAUUAAUAGUAAAUAAUUAUUUUAACAACAUAAAAUAUUUAAAUUAUGCCAAGUUGCCAACUGUCGAUUUCAAUUAAAGAAAGGGCAUCAUGAAAAAACCGUGGCGAUUUUUUCGUUCUAGCGGCUUCCAGAAACACACUUAUUUUUCAGAAAUUUAGGGGUUACUAAUUUAUUAGUUGGAUUGAAUUAUUAUAGUAUUGAUUAAUGAUUCCAGCUCAAGUUAUGUUUCAUACAUACAUUAAAAAGUUGUCGCUUCACAUGUCCGGUGGUAGCCCGACGGUGAGGGUACCGUCUUUACUCAGAAAAGGAGCCAAAUUUUCACGCGCGCGUUUCUUCUAAAAUUCAGUAGAGUGGAGACGAAAAGUGGAGUCUGUUGUUGACCUCUGAAAUUGUGAACCUCAUUAAACAAAUCAGUGGUUUUUAAGCCUUUCAAAAGUUCGAGUGUCCUUUGGAUGGCUCUCCAACAAAAAGGCCUUCAUUUUCUCCUUCUCAUAUUACCACGUCCAUCUUCACUCACCGUCUCUUUCUGGUUUGUAUUUCUUCUCUUUUGAUCUCUGUUGCCCCUGCAAUUCUCUGAUUUUUCUCUGUCUUAUUCAAUCCUGCACAGUUUUUAGUUUUCUUUCACCACCCCACUAUUCCUGUUCGUCCAAAAUCCCCAAAGAUAUAUCCUUUUUGGUUGCCCAGAUGGAGAAAGAGCCCCUACUAUCAUAUCACAGCCCAAGGCGGAGAACACCGCCUCAACUGUCAACUCUGCUCUCUACUCUCCCCGAGCAUGAUGAAGUCUCGCUGCCUAUCCCUCUUACCCCUUCACUCCUUAAAGAACGCCUUAUUUUUGGCCCUUCUGCAGCCUCUCCUAUUGACCCUUCUCCUGCUCUUGAAGCCUUGAACCUAUCUCUCAACUCCCCAAUACAGUCGUCUUCUAAUCUAGAAUUCAAUGCUAACGCUCAAGAAUCAUCUAGUCAGCAGCAGUCUUGGUUGAUCGACCCCAAUUAUAAAUGGACCAAGACUAAUCUCCACCGGUCCAAAACAGCACCAGCUAUGGCUGUCAUCAAUGAUACUCAUCAUCCUCCCAUACCCAAGCCUCAAUUUGCCACUCAAUCCAUAGUUCGACAAGCUUUUGUUCUCUUGCUACUAUAUUUGUCUUUGGGUGUGGUAAUAUAUUGGUUCAAUCGUGAUAAUUUCGUUGCAAAUGAAACGCAUCCCGUUGUUGACGCGUUGUAUUUUUGUAUUGUAACAAUGUGCACUAUUGGAUAUGGGGAUAUCACUCCUAAUAGCACUUCUACGAAAUUGUUUUCUAUAUUGUUUGUUUUGGUUGGAUUUGGAUUUAUUGAUAUUUUGCUUUCUGGGAUGGUGAGUUACGUGCUUGAUUUGCAAGAGAAUCAUUUGUUGAGGAAUGUUAAGAGAGGAGGUGAUGUGGAAGCUGCGGGUUCUGUAAUAAUUGAUGUCAAGAAAGGAAGGAUGAGGAUAAGGAUGAAGGUGGCAUUAGCAUUAUGUGUAGUGAUUCUAUGUAUUGGAAUUGGUGUUGGUGUCAUGCAUUUUGUCGAGAAGCUUGAAUGGUUGGAUUCUUUUUACCUCUCUGUUAUGUCGGUUACAACUGUUGGUUAUGGUGACAGAGCAUUUAGGUCAUUGGAAGGUCGUAUUUUUGCGUCCAUUUGGUUGCUUGUGUCAACGCUUGCAGUGGCUCGAGCAUUUUUAUAUUUGGCUGAGGCAAGAGUUGAUAAGCGACAUAGGAGGAUGGCAAAGUGGGUGCUUGGCCAAAACAUGACGGUCUCUGAGUUUCUUGCUGCAGACAUUGACCAAAAUGGCUUUGUAAGUAAAUCGGAAUAUGUAAUAUACAAGCUCAAGGAGAUGGGAAAGAUUUCUGAGAAAGAUAUUCUUCAGAUAUGCCUUAAGUUUGAUAGGAUAGACACUGGCAACUGUGGGAAGAUAACUCUUGCUGACCUUAUGGAGAGUCAGCACUGAUAUACAAGUACCAUUAACAAGUUUUUAAUGGUACUACUAGAAUAUGAGAAAAUGAUGUGGGAUGAUGCAUUAAAGCCUAGUUUGUGCUCGAAUUGCGUGGACAGUGGUAUCUUCUGUGAACUCGAGGCCUGAACAGCUGCAUCUUGAUAUCCAUCCUGAUUCUCCAAUCAGUUUGGCAUCUUGUGAGUUAAAUGGGCCCCAAAUUCUGAAUGUUGCAUGGGUUCUGUUGCUUGUCAAGUUGUAGAAAUCAGGCGGAUGUUAAAAACCUGGUGCAUUUUUCAGCAACCUAGCCGCUAGCCAUCAUUAUAGUGAUUGCUCGAGGGAUCGGCUCGGAUAAGUGGGUUGUGGCGACUGGACUGGACUGGGGUAUAGGCUGAUGCAACCUUUUCUUGGCAUGGGCAUAAUGGAUUAAUUCUUUCUUUUCAGAGACCAAGAAAUACAGGCAAAGUAAUUUACAGUGUUGCUGUUAAUUUACAUUGUUCUUUGGCUCUACAAAGUGCAAUGCAAAUUGCAUAGAAUGAAGGUGGAUGCUCUCUAUCAAGGGAUAUUUCCCUGAUAAUGUUUGUAUUUGUCUGUAAUCAUCAAUAUUAGCAGUUCUUUUCUGUAAGGUCUUCUGCUGAGUUUUGUUGUCGUUUGCAUAUAAUCUGGGAAUUUAUUUUAUUUAUGACAAUUUAUUUGAAGUA